AUGCACACCAAAUGGGCCUACAACCACGGCCCCCUCCUCCGAGACCCUCUGCCUCGAAAGCGGCGUGUCAGAAAGCCAAAGCGAGUCCUGUGGGAGACCGCCAGCCCAAUACAAGCGCCGCCGCCAUCACCAUCACCCUACGACGGCGACGCAGAAAGCGAGACUACAAGAGCUGACUCAGGCGCCGAUGAAGCAGGUUCGGCGACAGCGCAGCAACAACAGCCCAUGCGAUCGAUCGGCAUGAACUCAUACGGCGGACAGCCGGCGCGGCAGACACCGAGGCUUCAGAACACCAAUAAGACUGGGUUAGGAGGGACUUCGAGUGGAUGGGGCGGGUUCGGUAUGCCCUCGGCAGCAGGAGGGUUUGGGGGGUUAGGAGGCGCACCGGGGCUGGGCCAGCCACGGGCACAACAGCUGUCGGGGUUUGCGCAGGUGAUGGGCGGCGGGAGUGGGCAGGGGCCGAUUGAUAUGAGUGACUUCCCGAGCCUAUCUGGUGGGCCUCGACCUCAGCAAAAUAAUGCGGCUGCACCUGGCUGGAAUAGCAGUGCAAUCAGGCAGCCUUCAGCACAACCGCAACAGCAGCAACAGCCAGGUCAGGCCAGAGCCCCGUCAGCAGCACCCUCACAGCAAUCUCUGGACCAAUUUGAUGGGCAAAGAACACAGCAGCCUCCUAUAGAGCGGUCAGGGGGUGGCGACGAUUUCCCACCUUUAGGCGGACAGCUAAAUGGUGACGGAUUUGGCCAAACGAAUGGUGUUAGCAGCAUCAUCGGCUCUUCUGAUGCUGAGCAACCCAGAACGAACGGCCAGCAAGCACAACUACCGAUACGGCAGGGCAGCAUCAACUUCCACCAAAACCAACAAACGCCUGCUACACAACCUCCGCCAUCACAAGCUCUGCAGAACGGGCAGCCACCUGCUCCAUCACUCAACAUCAAAAAGUACGCUGAUAUGACAGAGAACGAGAGGUGGGGCCUGACGGGCCUCCUGGCUGCCUUCCAAUCGCGGAGCCAGGCAGAGGCUGGUGGCAACGUGGACGACACUUUACCUCCGGCUCUCCGACAUCACAUCAUCAUGGGCAACGACCUCAACUCCCUCGGCUUAGACCUCGACUCCAACGACCCCCUCUACCCCACCUUCACCCCCUUCCAAGCCGUCGGCAGCUCCGGCUCUUCCUUCGAUUUCCACGAACGCCACAUGGUCCCCGACUUCACCCUACCCAGCGCCUACACCGUCAAUAACGUCCCGGCUCUCCAAGACCGAAUAUCCGCCUUCAGCGACGAAACCCUCUUCUCCGUAUUCUACCAAAAUCCCCGCGACGCCCUCCAAGAACUCGCCGCCACCGAGCUCAUCUCCCGGGAAUGGCGCUGGCACAAACUCCUCCGCCAAUGGCUGCAAAAGGAUACCCGCGAGGCUUCGUCCUCCUCUUCGCUCCAACUCGUCGAUCUCACGAACGGCGCGCCGGUGGGCACCCAGCCUAUUCGGACGAGCGAGAGGGGGGAGAAGGGCGUGUACGUGUUCUUUGACGCGAUGAAUUGGAGGCGGGAGAGACGGGUGCUGGAGCUGGAUUACGAGCAUUUGGAUCCGGCGAGGGUGGCGACUAUGCCGCCGGGGUUGGGAGGUGUGGGGGCACAGGGUGUGCAGGGGCAAGGACAAGGCAGGGUGCAGGGGGUGGAGAUGGGGGGUGUGGGGCAAGGGAGUAGUUUGGUACCUGGUGCAUGA